AUGUAUGAAAAAAGAUCCCUUAAAUUCCCCUGCAUUUUGCUUUCGGAAGGUAUAGGCGAACAUUCUCUUCUAGAACUCAAAGAAGGUUAUCGUUAUUAUUAUGGCCGCUCUAAAAGACCCAUUCCGUUGAUCCCUAAGUUUCACUACCCUCCAGGGAGAGUGUCUUUAGUUGGUUCAUGUAAUGGAUUCAUUUGUUUGUUGAAUGAUUCGAUGUAUAUUGAGAAACAUUCAGUUUACAUUAGUAAUCCUCUUUUGGGUGAGUAUUUCGAAGUUAAAUUGCCUGAAAGGGAGAUAAGUGUUAAUCAAGUUACUUAUGGAUUUUGCUUUAGCGAAGUCUCUAGAGAAUUUAAAGUAUUGAGAUUAGUAGUUAGAGAGCAUAUUCACGUAUCAGAAUUGAAGAUUUAUACUCUUGGAGUUGGUGAGAAAUGGAGGAAUGUGGGUGAAAUUCCAUGUCCUACAAGGUAUAAAUUUGGCCAGGUUAUUGUCAAUGGUGCUCUUCAUUGGAUGUAUCACGAAGAAAAUGACAAAAUUUACUCCUUUGAUAUUGAGACAGAAAAGAUCAAGUCUCUACCAGCUCCGCCUGGUCUGGGAACUCCACCAUGGAUCUUGAAGCUAGCAGAGGUGGGAAAUUGUCUGUGUUUGACUGAUGAUAAAAGCAGAUGGUCUGCUAAUAUUGAUAUCUGGUGGAUGAAAGAGUAUGGGGUUGCUGAAUCUUGGACUAAAGAUACCAUUAUGGUGAAUUCUCUUCCGCGGGCUUUUAAUAGGUUUAAUAUAAACCCAAUAUUAAUUUGGAAAGAUGGAGAAAUCUUGAUUCAGAGUUUCAGAUGCCUAGCUUCAUACAGACCCGAGUCGAAAAGGUUCAUCUGGGUUAAAGUUUACGGUGAUGUCAGUGUAGCGACUAGAUACAUCCCAAGCUUUUACUCACUCAAGACUAUCAUGGGGGAAAACUUUCAAGUCACAAAUGUUUAUCCAAAGACUAAAAUACUUUAG